AUGAUCCCGAACGAGGCAUUCCAGAAACUGCUCUAUGAUUUAUUCUGCCUUUGGCAUGGUGUCCAACGGCACUAUGACCCGCCAAUCACCGACACCGAAGAACAGAGAAUGCAAAAGGUGAAGAACAUGAUAUGCAAACUCUUAUCGGAAAUUGAUGGAAGAGUGAAUCGCGUUAAGCAGAACAUUGAUCAGAGCCCACGCGGACAAGAUUUCUAUGAGGAAUGGACUAUGCUCACAUGGAAUGUGUUGUGUAUCACGAGCCGCCUUCAGAAUAGCCUUUCACAAGUCUUAGGAUCGAAUGAGGACAAGAUGAUUUACAGUCGUCUGAAUCAAGCGCUUGUUGAUCUUGUCAACUAUUCGAGAGAUUAUUUGCCAUUUCCAACAUGCGGUGACGUCGAUCCAGAAUAUUUGAUGCUUAAAGAAAAAAUGAAUCACACAAUGUUGAGUCUUCAUCAGUUAUAUCGACAAAUGAACUCGGCUGUCUUCCAAACACCAGCAGAUGUCGAAGACUUCCACACGAAUCUUCAGCAAUUCGGAGAACAACUUCUCAUUCCAUGUCUCGAACAAUAUAAAACUUUCUGCAAUAAGAACUGCGAGAUGCUUUGGCAUCAAGUAAGAAGCAAUCAAGUUCGCAGAAUGCGCGAGCAGACAAAAGAGCCUGAGAAUUCAGUGGAAACCCUAGUUACGUUCUAUUCAAAUAUGAUGUACGUGUUGGCGGUUCUCGCGGCUCGCCUACAAGGAUUCCGUUAUGAUUUGACGAUGAACAAGAAACUAUUCAAUUUUGACCCGGUGUUGCCGUUGUCCGAAGCGGUAUUUGCUGGUUUAGAGUUACUUAUGUCGAAUUGUGUACUUGCAACCGAGCCGUCCACGAGCGCAAUUUUAGUCACCAACAAUCUUUUUUCCAUGAACUGCGGUGCUCUUGCUCGAGGUGUCGUUUUCAAAGACUUUGAAAUUCAAGUCGUUUCCGAAGAAACAGCAGAGCACAUUCAGUCGGAAAUGUCGCGUCAACGUCUUCUUCAACAAGCAGCACCAAUUUCACUGGCACCGUCAGCAGCUCUUCUUGCGAUGAAACCGACUUCAGGAACGAAACGUAGCAACGCUGCGAGUAAUUCAGACUCCGCGAACAACACGGCGCACAAAAAGAGUGAUGUGAACAGCAAAGAAAGUGUUGUUAUCUACCCAGUUUAUAAUACGAAAAAUCGAUAUUGGGCGGCGAACUAUCCGCAUUUGUUGUGCACGACCCGACAAAAAGGACGACACUCGAUUCAGUCGUCUUUCCAGGAUUUGUCGCCGUCGUCAAGUUCGAAUGACAAAGGAAAUUCGCAUGGAAAACGCCCGAUAUUCUACUUUCAUAUUCGGGCGACACUUUUUAGUCCAUCUGGCAGAUUCGCCACUGCGCACACACUUUCGUUGCCGUUUACAAUCGCGACUCGAAGAAAUCAGGACUGCCAAGUUCAGCGAAUGAUGUCCUCUUACACGGCGACCAUCUUUUGGCUGUAUGGAUGCGAUACGCAGGAUGGACUCUUGCUGCAAUGGAUUGACACCGGAAUGCACUGGGAUCAUUUUAAACAUCUUUUUAAGCAACACUUCAAGGUGAAUGCUGAUGUGCAGAGAAGCCUUAUUGAUAAUGAUUUCGAACUGCUCAAGUAUAAGCUUCAAUGUCCAGACUGUUGCUCAGGACAAGAUGGAGCAAGAGUAAAUGGUGCUCAACAAAUCGUUACAUUCAAGAACGUGCUGUGUCCUCAUUUGCGGUAUGAAUGCGGAAGUACGAAUGUUCGAUUUUCCGUGUGGCGCGGAAUGCUUGAGCUUCUUCAAAUUUUCCACGAUUCGCGCAACAACGUGCGAAAAUUAUGGGAAAUGGGGCUGUUGAUGGGAUUUUUGGAGUUUGAGGAAGUCGAUAAAUUGUUGGAAACCCACAAAUCGGCAUUGAUCAUGAGACUGUCGUUUGUAACCGGAGGUACCAUUUGCUUCACAGUUAAAUCAACUGCCCAUACAUUGGAUCCAAAAGCGACAAAGCCAAUUCAUUUGGAGCCAUUGGAUUUGAAGAGACUUCAACAGAAAUGUCUUAAAGACUAUCUUCGUGAUAUUUCGGACGCGGAAAGGGUUAAAUAUAUAUUGAAUGCGAAUCUUGAAGUUGUGAGGAUCAGUGAGGUUCUGGCUCAGCUUGGUGAGAGUGCUUCGAUUGGUGGAACUUCGGAAAGUCGCGAUAUUUCGAGCAAUAUUACCCAUAUGGGGGAUAUUGACACAAUGCAACACAUCAAAUUUACCGCUAUGAGAAUAGCUGUUGUUACUUGCAAAGUCAAACCACCAUCGGCGGAUCAGGAUCUUGAAAUUGACGAAAACUUCGGCAGACUUCAGCAAUCUUAUCACUCGCAAGAUGAUGAUUUUGUGCGUGAACUGAUCCAAUUAGCAAAUUUCCAUGGAAAAUCGAAGCAAGAGAUCUACGAAGCUCUUGACGCCAUCCAUGAUCCAUCUUAUUCGUUUAAUAAUCCUGCCCCUAUUAGAAAAGCUUCUUCUUUAUAUGAUGCUGGAUCACUUCAGUCGAUGUCGUCGGGAUUGUCAACUCCCAAUGUUGUCUCGCCGUUGCCUCCAAAAGUUUCAAUUGUGAUAACAGUAGCUUUAAUCGUUGUGGGUCUUGUCACGAUGCUACAAAACUGGCGAUUGGCUCGAAUUGUUUCGCGAACACGAAAUCUUCCAAAAAUGCAAAAAAUGUUGCGUUUGCUGAUGAAAUCGCGAAUUGUCGUCAAAAAUGGAAUGUUGACCCCAGUGGAGACUGCGUUGCUCGCCGGAGAAGCUGGAAUGAAUCUUUCGAGUGUUAAAAUGGAAUAUUUAAAGGAAAGGGGACCACAUCGCGAUAUUUUGAUGUAA